AGCAUGGCCGCGGCUGCGGCGGGAGGAGCUCCGGGCCCGACCCCCGGCCCCGCCAGGCCCGCGCCCAGUGCCCGCAACCCGCCGGCCGCGUCGCGGAGGCGCGGGGACUCGCGGCGCCGCCAAGCCGCUCUCUUCUUCCUCAAUAACAUCUCCCUGGACGGACGGCCCCUCAGCCUGGGCCCCGGCGGUGAGAAGCCCCCGCCGCCGCCUGACGAGGCCCGUGAGCCGCCCGCGCCGCCGCCCGUGCCCCCCGCCGGCCUCCCCGGGCUGAGCGCCAGGCCCGCGCCCCAGGGCCUGCUCAGCCCCACAGCGGCCCCCUCCGGCCUCGGCCUGGAUGGGCAGCGCCAGAGGCGGCGAGUUGCGUCCCAACGCUGCUCCCUCGAGUUCCUGGAAGACACAGUGGGCUGCGCCUCGGUACAGAGAACCAAACAUGUGUCUGGGUCGCCUAGACACAAAGGCCUGAAGAAGACCCACUUCAUCAAGAACAUGAGGCAGUAUGACACGAGGAACAGCAGGAUCGUGCUCAUCUGUGCCAAGCGGUCCCUGUGCGCGGCCUUCUCGGUCCUGCCCUAUGGAGAAGGCCUGCGGAUCAGUGACCUAAGGGUGGACAGCCAGAAGCAGAGGCAUCCGUCCGGUGGCGUGUCUGUUUCUUCCGAGAUGGUCUUUGAAUUGGAAGGCGUUGAACUGGGAGCGGAUGGAAAGGUUGUCUCUUAUGCAAAGUUCCUGUACCCUACCAAUGCCCUGGUUGCACACAAGAGUGACAGCCAUGGCCUGCUGCCCCAGCCUCGGCCCAGCAUCCCCCGGGCUCUGCCAGGGUCAAGACACAAACCUGCCACAACCAAGGUACCACCAGCUGGCACGGAACUAGGGAGCGAUGGGGGAGAUACCCUGGAGUACAACCCCAACCUCCUGGAUGACCCACAGUGGCCCUGUGGGAAGCACAAGCGUGUCCUCAUCUUUGCCUCAUACAUGACCACAGUGAUAGAGUACGUGAAGCCCUCGGACCUCAAGAAGGACAUGAACGAGACCUUCAGAGAAAAGUUUCCACACAUCAAACUGACACUGAGCAAAAUCAGGAGUUUGAAGCGGGAAAUGCGGAACCUGUCUGAGGAGUGCAGCCUGGAGCCAGUGACUGUGUCCAUGGCCUACGUAUACUUUGAGAAGCUUGUACUGCAGGGCAAGCUCAACAAACAGAACCGCAAGUUGUGCGCUGGCGCCUGCGUGCUACUGGCUGCCAAGAUCAGCAGUGACCUCCGCAAGAACGAAGUGAAGCAACUCAUUGACAAGCUGGAAGAAAGAUUCCGAUUCAACAGGCGAGAUCUCAUUGGGUUCGAGUUCACAGUGCUCGUGGCUUUGGAACUGGCCUUGUACCUUCCGGAGAGCCAAGUGUUACCUCACUACAGACGCCUCACCCAGCAGUUCUAGCCAGGCCACAGCCUCGAAGGAAGGCUAAUCAGCAGGUAGACGUGUUCCUUGGCCUGGGCACUGAGGCUUCCAGCAUCUGUGUGUCCACCCCACCUUGCCCACCGGCCUCCUCUAGGUCUGAGCUUCUUAGCCCAUCCACUUCAUUUCUUUACUCUGCGUUUCCUUGGAAAGGGACACUGCUUUCGUCCAAAGUGUACCACAGCUCCAAGGGUAUCUCUGAGAAUUUUCCUGGAGCUUUACAUGAACACAGUGCAGGGUUUGAUUGGUUUCUCAUGUGCCUGAGACCAGCCUGGCACCAGGACCUUUGGUUUUCACUGUGUGGUGGUGAAUCCUGAGUUCUGGCUGUCUUCCUCUCUUCGCCUUACCUUUGCAAACCAUCAGCUGCAGCCCUAGCAUCAGAGAUCUGGGUGUCCAGACCUCGAAAGUAUGCCAAGAUUGCCAGGUGGUUUAACUUCUCAAGUAUCCAUCUUGGAUAUUCGUUUUUCUGGAUGUGGCAGUAUGGCCCCUCAGCCCCAGCAGUGUCUCCCAGCAUCAGCACCUGCUGGCUCCAUCUCCACCUGAGCAAGCUCCUCCAGAGCCUCCCCAUCAGCACUGGCUUUUGGUGUCAGUUUAAGCCGCCAAGAGCAAAGUCUAGGUCUGUUCUGAUGUUUUUCUAACUCUUGGACCUGUUUUUAAGCAUUGUGUCACUGUGAAAUCCCACAAUGCCAUGUUGCAUGCCCCACAGGGCUUAGCAGACACCAGCCCAGUCUUGGCCAGGCCCCACCCUCUGCUUCUCAUCAGGAAAACCCACUCACCCAGAACACAGGAACUUCAGGACAACUGCUGACUCUUGGCUCUUGACUUUCCUAAGCAAUACUGUGGCUGAGAAAUGUUUACUGUGACUUGGGAUUUGGCUCUGUGAGGUUUUCCAAUGUGCCCAAGGCAGGAACCAGGCACAGAUGUAGACCAGAAGCCAAGCUGGGAUAAUAGGGUUGGUUUGCCCCUGGCUGAUGAGAGCACCAACUCUGCAUUCAACACAUCAGGGACAGUAGGUCUUACACAAACUGUUCAGGGAGGCCCACUGAAGGUCUGACCUGAAACCACACAAAGGCACCGACCAGUGUGCAGUCCACAGCAUUCUCAGUCAGUGCCUUUUCCUCAUCAGGAAGUAGAUACCAUCUUGGCCAGUUCAGCCAGCAUGGCGCACCAUGCCAAGCAGCCACCAUUGUCCCCUCUGCAACUGUGGCCACAGGGCAUCUGGGCCACCUUCUGCUUUUCAAGUUUGUCCAGUGUUCUUGCAGUGGCCCACGUGGCUGUUUGAUGCCCCAUCAAAAACAGGAACCAAGGAAUACUGCUUUUCCUCAGUGGCCAGCUAAUCUCAAAAAUGGCCAUGCUGUUGGCAUCCGGCAGACCUGCCUGUCACUGGCAGAGGCUGUGCUAAAGGGAGAUGCUAACCUGUUUGUGGGACUCAGCUACUUGCCUACCUUCUCCCUGCACUCACCCUGAUCACCCAGGCCGAGAAGCAGUAAAAGCCGGAGCACACAAAGGGAAGGCUGCAGGACAGGGAGGAACCAGUCCUUAUUCUGAUCUACCAUGCAGUCUCCCAUUCAACAUGCCAAGGAGUCCCUCCAAACUCUUCUGUGCACCCGAGACCACACCCCACAGUAUUGGGCCUAAAUCCAGGCCAACCACUCUCUUCACUGUCCUGCCACCAAAGGGUGUCUCCGGGCACUCCACUUGUGAACCCUAAAAGAAGCUACCUUCCUACAUACUGCUCUGGUUUACAACCUACUCUCUGGGGCACAUCCCCUUAGGACUUCCAUAGAUGUUAGUGUGAAGAAAAUGGUUGAUGAACACAGUGGUAACUUAAGUUUGUUAUUUAUGCGGGGAGAUUUAGUCCUUUACCAUACUGGUCUGUUUGAAGCCCUUCUGUAUGUCCUUUUCAGUAACUGUGUGGUGUCUUGAGAGCUGCUACAACAAAGCCAACACUUACACCAAAUGACAGCCUGAACCUGUCAUCCUCUAUACCGAGUCCAGAAGUCUGAGCUGUGUCCCAGGUGUUCAGCUGGGCUGUGACCAAACAAAACCAGACCUGGUACCACUUCCUCAGCACCCAGCAGUUGUGAACAUAAGUGUGCAUAAGUGAAUAUCUGACCUCAGAAUGUUCAAGUUACUUAUCAUGGAUUGUUUUCAAGUGGAUAACAUUUAUUUGUUGGAAGUAAAAUUGUUUUGCAACAUA